AUGAUCAACUCAUCGUUAUUAGUUGAUGAAAAGGCUCUCGGGCUGGAACUGAAAAUCCCAACUCAAAGUAAAAAGGAAAGAAUAAUAGAAGAAGCAUUUCAAAAGGAAUUAAACGAAAUAUUCAUCAAGGCGUCUUUUCAUCUAAAAAACGCAUUGGACGCAAUACAUAAUCGUUAUACUAAUUACCACAUUAACCCUUUGAACGUACCGGAAUCUGCUGUCUUUCAUUCCAAGCUAGAGAUUGAAGAAGAACAAGCUCUCUAUUCGGAAUGUGGUGAGGACGACGAAACAGUAACGUACAUCAUUGACAAACUCAAGCGAGGUUGGAAGCCUAACGAAAUCAAAAAGUCAUGGAGCGAGAAAGAACCUGCAAUCCACCAAUCAUGUUAUAUAGAGCUCUUAAGAAUAUGUAAAAAAGAAAAUCGAAUUCCCUCCAAGCAUGUCAUUCAAUAUCCCUUGAUUAUUCAGCAUAGAAGAAGAACCGUGUACGGGAAUUUUAUUUCAACUUGCGAACAGCUCAAGAGAUGUGUUACUCAUGUGUACACUUAUCUAUGCUCUUCAUUGAUGGCCGAUAUUUACUUGGAUUCUACCAGGGCAUUGAUAAUCAAAAGAGCCUGUCGAUCGAGCUUGAUCAAAAGAAAAAUGAUCGAUUACAUUAGAACCUUUGUGUUGUGCCCAACUUGUUUUGGCAUGGACACCAGGUUAAGGAGAGACUCUGCACUUCGCAUGAGUUUCAUCUGCUGUGACAAGUGUGGAUCACAAAAGCAAGUGCCGUCCUUAACUUACUUUCACUCCUUAGCCAGGAAUGUUGGAACCAUGAGAAGAGUUCAAGGUCCAGAUGUUGAGUUUUAG